CUGCACCAAGCGCUUAACCUCAUUGGGGUGGAGGAGAAGGCGGCGGCUGUCUGUCCCGCAGCUGCAGCAGUAGCGAAUAAUGUGGCUGAUAAAUUCAAAGAAGUGAGAUUAUUGGGUGACUUUUGAUAUAAUUGCCUGCCUGCUGACCAGAAGGUUGUACCAGUUAAUAAUUUUCCCAGCAAUCUAAGGAUGUACCAGUUUCACAAAACUUUUGCCAACUUCUGAUGGGAUACAUGGAUGUUUGUGUGUGUUACAGCUUUGCUGCUUGACAUAUGAGAGAUACUUAGUAAAUAAUGGACUGUUAAGUUAUGAAGUAUUUUGGACCAAUAGUAGAACAUCAUUCUGCCACUCACUGCUUUAUCUCCUACUAGUUAUUUAAAUUGGACUUUUAAUAUCCUACCAGCUGCUCUUCAGACACACAUGGUGCAUUGUUGCCAUUCCCUGGAUUGCAUCUUUGAAGCACAGGCUCUUAGUAACCUUCAGCAAACAAAGAGGCAACCUCCUGGGCACGUUUACUGGGAGGGUGUCACCCUGACUGCCCUCUAGCUUUUGCUGGAUCUGGAUUUGAAUUCUACCAUGGAGCCUCGCAUGGAGUCCUGCCUGGCACAAGUAUUGCAGAAGGAUGUGGGGAAACGACUGCAGGUUGGACAAGAACUUAUAGACUAUUUCUCAGACAAACAGAAGUCUGCUGACCUUGAACAUGACCAGACCAUGCUAGAUAAACUUGUGGAUGGACUUGCUACGUCUUGGGUGAACUCUAGCAAUUACAAGGUUGUCCUCCUGGGCAUGGACAUCCUGUCAGCGUUGGUCACCCGGCUGCAGGACCGGUUCAAGGCGCAGAUCGGCACAGUGCUGCCAAGUUUAAUAGACAGACUGGGAGAUGCUAAAGACUCUGUGAGGGAGCAAGACCAAACUCUGCUGCUAAAGAUCAUGGAUCAAGCUGCUAACCCCCAGUAUGUAUGGGACCGAAUGCUGGGAGGCUUCAAGCAUAAGAACUUCCGGACCCGGGAAGGCACGUGUCUCUGCCUUGUUGCCACACUCAAUGCCUCUGGAGCACAUACUUUAACAUUAAGCAAGAUUGUACCACAUAUAUGUAACUUACUUGGAGAUCCAAAUAGCCAGGUUCGAGAUGCAGCAAUAAACAGCUUAGUGGAAAUUUACAGACACGUAGGAGAACGUGUGAGGGCAGAUCUCAGUAAAAAAGGAUUGCCUCAGUCCCGAUUGAAUGUAAUUUUUACAAAAUUUGAUGAAGUCCAAAAAUCUGGAAACAUGAUACAAACUGCAAAUGAUAAAAAUUUUGAUGAUGAAGAGUCUGUGGAUGGUAAUAGGCCUUCUUCUGCCAGUUCUACAUCAUCCAAAGCCCCACCAAGCUCACGGAGGAACAUUGGAAUGGGGACCACCCGCCGGCUUGGAUCAUCUUCUCUUGGAUCCAAGUCUUCAGCUGCAAAAGAAGGAGCUGGUGCUGUUGAUGAAGAGGACUUUAUUAAAGCAUUUGAUGAUGUACCUGUAGUGCAGAUUUAUUCUUGCCGAGACCUUGAAGAAUCCAUAAACAAGAUUAGGGAAAUAUUAUCUGAUGACAAGCAUGAUUGGGAGCAAAGAGUAAAUGCUCUAAAAAAGAUUAGAUCUUUACUUUUGGCUGGCGCGGCCGAAUAUGAUAACUUCUUUCAGCAUUUGCGUCUUCUGGAUGGAGCUUUUAAACUAUCUGCUAAGGAUCUGCGGUCUCAGGUAGUGCGGGAGGCUUGUAUCACGCUGGGGCAUCUAUCAUCAGUUCUGGGAAAUAAGUUUGACCAUGGAGCUGAAGCCAUUAUGCCAACUAUCUUUAAUUUAAUUCCAAACAGUGCCAAAAUUAUGGCCACUUCUGGUGUUGUAGCUGUUAGGUUGAUCAUUAGGCACACUCACAUUCCUAGGCUCAUACCUGUCAUAACAAGCAACUGUACCUCUAAGUCUGUCGCAGUUAGAAGGCGCUGUUUUGAGUUUUUAGAUUUACUUUUACAAGAAUGGCAGACACAUUCACUGGAACGACACAUAUCAGUAUUAGCUGAAACAAUAAAGAAAGGAAUACAUGACGCUGAUUCUGAAGCAAGGAUAGAAGCCAGAAAGUGUUACUGGGGUUUCCACAGUCACUUCAGCAGGGAAGCAGAGCAUUUAUACCACACCUUGGAGUCCUCCUACCAGAAAGCUCUGCAGUCCCAUUUGAAGAACUCAGACAGCAUCGUGUCUCUGCCCCAAUCUGAUCGUUCAUCUUCUAGCUCUCAAGAGAGUCUCAACCGGCCACUCUCUGCCAAAAGAAGUCCUACUGGAAGUACCACCUCUAGAGCCUCCACAGUUAGUACCAAAUCGGUGUCAACGACUGGUUCCCUCCAGCGGUCUCGAAGUGACAUUGACGUGAAUGCAGCGGCCAGCGCCAAGUCCAAAGUCUCCUCAGCUUCAGGCACCACACCCUUCAGCUCUGCAGCAGCCUUGCCUCCAGGGUCAUAUGCAUCCUUAGAUGGUACUGCCACUAAAGCUGAGGGUCGGAUCCGCACGAAGCGGCAGAGCUCUGGGAGUGCCACCAACGUUGCCUCUAUACCUGAUAAUCGAGGCCGCAGUCGCGCUAAAGUGGUUUCACAGUCCCAGCGAUCCAGAUCUGCUAAUCCCGCUGGUGCUGGCAGCCGGUCAAGUUCCCCAGGGAAAUUGUUGGGAAGUGGUUACAGUGGCCUGACUGGGGGUUCUUCAAGAGGCCCACCUGUGACACCCUCUUCCGAAAAGCGAAGCAAGAUUCCCAGGAGUCAGGGAUGUAGCCGAGAAACAAGUCCAAACCGUAUAGGAUUAGCACGGAACAGCCGUAUCCCUCGACCCAGCAUGAGUCAGGGGUGCAGCCGCAACACCAGCCGUGAGAGCAGCCGUGAUACAAGCCCUGCUCGGGGCUUCCCUCCACUUGAUCGGUUUGGGCUUGGUCCAGCAGGAAGAGUUCCUGGUGCUGGGAGUGCCAUGCGGACUCUGAGCACAAGCGCUGACCUCGAAGCUGCCGUUGCGGAUGCUUUGCUGUUAGGAGACUCCAGGAGCAAGAAGAAGCCUGUGAGGAGGAGAUAUGAGCCAUAUGGGAUGUAUUCUGAUGAUGAUGCCAACAGUGAUGCCUCGAGUGUUUGCUCUGAGCGCUCAUAUGGUUCCAGGAAUGGUGGCAUUCCCCAUUACCUGCGGCAGACUGAGGAUGUAGCUGAAGUUCUCAACCACUGUGCUAGUUCAAACUGGUCAGAAAGGAAAGAAGGGCUUCUGGGCUUGCAGAACUUACUGAAGAGCCAAAGAACACUGAGUCGAGUAGAAUUGAAAAGAUUGUGUGAGAUCUUCACCCGCAUGUUUGCUGACCCUCAUAGCAAGAGAGUUUUCAGUAUGUUUUUGGAGACACUUGUGGAUUUUAUAAUAAUUCAUAAGGAUGACUUGCAAGACUGGCUUUUUGUCCUUCUCACACAAUUACUUAAGAAAAUGGGAGCGGAUUUACUGGGAUCUGUGCAAGCAAAAGUUCAGAAGGCUCUAGAUGUCACAAGGGAUUCCUUUCCAUUUGAUCAACAAUUUAACAUUUUGAUGAGAUUUAUUGUGGAUCAAACUCAAACUCCUAACCUCAAGGUCAAAGUUGCAAUCCUGAAGUACAUUGAAUCUCUCGCUAGGCAGAUGGAUCCAACAGAUUUUGUGAACUCCAGUGAGACAAGGCUUGCAGUUUCUAGAAUUAUAACCUGGACAACAGAACCAAAGAGUUCAGAUGUGAGAAAGUCCCCGCUUCAGCGUAGUCGAGUAGGUGAGGAUUUCCCCACCAGGUCAACUUCAACCUGCUCUGGGCCUGGAGAAGGAAACUUGGAAGAAAAUUGUAAACAGGCAGCACAAAUUGUGCUAAUCUCUCUGUUUGAAUUGAACACUCCUGAAUUUACCAUGUUACUUGGUGCCUUACCAAAAACAUUCCAGGAUGGUGCCACCAAACUCCUGCAUAGCCACCUCAAGAAUUCCAGUAACACCAGUGUGGGCUCUCCAAGCAAUACAAUUGGCCGGACUCCCUCCCGACACACCAGCAGCAGGACCAGCCCCCUGACCUCACCCACCAACUGUUCCCAUGGGGGCCUGUCUCCAAGUCGGUUGUGGGGCUGGAGUGCUGAUGGGUUAUCGAAGCACCCCCCUCCCUUUUCUCAGCCUAACUCCAUCCCCAUCGCUCCCUCCCACAAGAUUCUCAGGCGCUCUUCCUCUCCCAGCAUGCUGGACUAUGAUACAGAAAACCUGAAUUCUGAAGAAAUCUAUAGUUCUUUGCGUGGAGUUACAGAAGCCAUUGAAAAAUUUAGUUUUCGAAGCCAAGAGGAUCUGAAUGAACCAAUUAAACGAGAUGGCAAAAAGGACUGUGAUAUUGUGUCCCGUGAUGGUGGAGUUGCCUCCCCUGCCACUGAGGGCCGAGGUGGCAGCGAUGUGGUGGAAGGAGGCAGAAUGGCUCUGGACAACAAGACCUCCCUCCUCAACACGCAGCCUCUGCGUGCCUUCCCAGGGCCACGGGUACGAGACUACAACCCAUAUCCCUACUCAGACACCAUCAACACCUAUGACAAGACUGCCCUGAAGGAGGCUGUGUUUGACGAUGACAUGGAGCAGCUUCGAGAUGUGCCCAUUGACCAUUCUGACUUGGUGGCUGAUCUUCUGAAAGAGCUGUCCAACCACAAUGAGCGGGUAGAGGAACGGAAAGGCGCCCUGCUGGAGCUGCUCAAGAUCACACGGGAAGACAGCCUAGGCGUCUGGGAGGAGCACUUCAAGACCAUUCUGCUCUUGCUGUUGGAGACACUCGGAGACAAAGACCAUUCCAUCCGAGCACUGGCACUGAGAGUUUUACGAGAAAUUCUGAGAAACCAGCCAGCAAGAUUUAAAAACUAUGCUGAACUGACGAUCAUGAAGACUCUGGAAGCCCACAAAGACUCCCAUAAGGAGGUGGUGAGGGCUGCUGAGGAGGCCGCAUCCACACUAGCCAGCUCCAUCCACCCAGAACAGUGCAUCAAAGUGCUCUGCCCCAUCAUCCAGACAGCCGACUACCCCAUCAAUCUCGCCGCCAUCAAGAUGCAGACCAAAGUCGUCGAGAGGAUCGCCAGGGAGUCCCUGCUGCAGCUCCUUGCCGACAUCAUCCCAGGCUUGCUGCAGGGUUAUGACAACACUGAAAGUAGUGUGCGUAAGGCCAGCGUGUUUUGUUUAGUGGCAAUCUAUUCUGUAAUUGGAGAAGAGCUGAAACCUCACCUCGCCCAGCUCACAGGAAGCAAGAUGAAGUUACUAAACCUAUAUAUAAAGAGGGCCCAAACCACGAACAGCAACAGCAGCUCAUCCUCCGACGUCUCCACACACAGCUAAUGGCACCGCCAAGGUGUCUUCGUGUAGCCCUGGAAGCAGAUGGUGGUGCCUCUCAGAGACCUCCUCCUUCCUCUCCCCUUCAUCAGCUGCCCAGUCAGUACAAGGAGGCCCACAAAUAUUUAUUACAAUCAGUAUUUUGGUCCCUUCCAGCUUUUGUGUAGAAUCUUACUGUUAUUGAAUGUAAAGGAAGCAAGGCCUGUAUUGUAGUCUUCACAUGAAACAAAAUGAAUAAGAACAGAGCCAUACUUAGCACAUCUCACACAGCCUGCUGCAGCCAUUAGCCAUGUGUGUGAGGUGCGAUUCCGGAAAAUCAGAGCUCUCUCGCCGGUACUCAUUAGCAAGUAGCAUUUUCUCUUCAGUUAAUGACCGAUUUGAAGAGGGUGUGUUAAUUUGUGUCUGUUUUUCAUCUUAGCUUACUUUCCUAAGGAUCUGGCCUGUGGGGCAGACUCCAGUUCCUUCCCAACUGAUACCAUGAAAGGGUUGUACAUUCUCUAAGUUGUAUUUUGAGCCCACUAAGAAUGUGAAUCCGAUCUUGGCAGGAAAUGGAGAAAAGCCUGAAGACAGUCUCUUAACAAACACGUGGAGUUUUGCUUUAAUAUUUAGACUGAGGGCUAACUGCUCUCACUUUUAGUUUAGAAGGGCACCCUCCAUGUCUCCUUCCAGGACAGGCUUCCAGCCCCUCUGAACAACUCCACUGAUGUUAUCCCCACCCCAGAGCUGCCACUUAAAAGAAUUCUUCAAGUUUAAUAAAUACAAACACAAAAGUCAAAAUAGAUUGAUAGCAUCACUUAGUAGAUGCCUAAAAUGGCAUUUCAUGAAGCAUAGAAGAUACAGAGCAGUCUAACUACUCAGAUCUCGGGGAGACACUGCUUUAGCAAGGCCCCUUCCGCCCCAGCUCAUGGUGAUCAGACGGGGCACCACCUUUUCCCCUCCUCCCCCCUUUGCCUAAGCUGCUCAGCUCUCAGUGUUCUCAUCAGUCUGGUAAAUGGCAACCCUACCAUCCCAGUUUCGGCUUUUAAGAUCAAAGAAAAGUCUAGAGAGAGCCAGUAUCAGGAUCAUUUUUUAUUAAUUUUGUAGACUGAAGUACUUCCUUCAUCACCUGUUGAAAUAGUCCUUGUUUGAGUAAAAAGUUAUUACGGUGAGUGGCAAAUUGCAGAAAAAGAGGAUUUGAAACAUAGUUUUAGAGUUUGUUUCCUUUUUUUCAAUGAGAAAUUACCUGAGAAACUACCCCUUUAAAAAAUUUAUUAAGGGCUUGAUUACUCCAAUAAGAGUAAGUAGAUUUGGAGUCUGGUUAACUAAGUUUUGAGUAAAAUUCUUAAAGCCAAAUGGAAAAUACAAUAAGAAACUGCUUACUGUGCUGUUUUAGAUUCUUUAAAUUGAGCUGAUUUUUCCGCAAGGAAAUGCCUAUUCUGAUGUUAAUUUUUAAUGAGAUGUUUGUUCCCAUGCAAAGGCCCUACUGCUGCUCCCUGAAAAGCAGAGACUGUGUGGUUCUUCCCACUGAUCUCCACAGACUCCCUCUUCUUUGACCCUGCAGCUUUUUGAUGUUGGAAGUUGUAAAAAAAAAUAUAUAGAAAACAUAACUUUCCUUCAGAAUUUAUUUUAGAUACUUCGUUUGGAAAUAGGCACUGAAAAUGAAGGUCCAGGAACAGUGAGGCCAGGGUGCCUUCACUGAGGGAGGUGUGUGCUUGUGUGCAUGUCCCGCCAGGGUAGGAGUAUCUUGCACAUGUAGGAAGUACCUCGUUGCUGCUGUUAGGGGAACUUCAGGGGUGCAUUUUAAGUUGUUAAAUAUUAUUGACUUAUUUUUAGCUCAAAACAUAGCAGAACCAGGCCUUACUUUUGUUGAUAGGUACCAUUUGUUUGUUAAUGUUUCACUAAUGGGAUUUCCUUUUUACUCUGUACAAAUGAAUCAGAGCACCUUCGGAUUACUCCUGUGUUGUAUAAGCGUGCACUCUGGCUAGGUUAUUGAUGAGUUCUUUUAUGCCUAAUGCAUUUAAAAAGGCCUCCCUUCUUCAACUCGUUGACUCACCGUCUCCAUGAUCUGUAGUUGGGAAGAACCUUGACCAUUGCCAGAUACCCUCAUAGUACUCACAGAGGGCUAGCCUUGAAGGUCAUUCGCCUGGCCUUCAACCUCCUGACUUAGAGAUACAAUCACUCACAGGUCUGUUGGCCUCAAUCAGAACUGCUGCCUGCUGCCUCCACCUCCCUGCAGGGCUCCUGUCUGGAUGAAACACCACAAAAGAGCAAAGCAACCAAAACUGUUUGCUUCCCUGUGCACCUGAUGGUCCAGGGCACCCAAAAUUCACCCGACCCCAUGGACAAGGUGGGACAGCUGCUCCCACUUACCCUCAAGCUACUGCCAUCUCUGUUGAAGCCCCCAUGCAUCCCACAGGUGUAGGCCAAGAUGCGGCUCCCUGCAAGAGCACUAGUGCACUAGUGCACUAGUGUGCUUCUCCGGACCCAGUGCCCGCAGCCUGCCCUGGGGCUGCCUUUCUCUGGCUCAUCCUUAGCUUCUCAUACCCUGUGCAGGUAAUGCAACUGAUUUCUAUCUCAUGCAUCUUUUUCUUUCCCUGCCACCCUUUAUUUAUCAAGCAUAAUAUUACACAUCAAAGAACAGCAAAUAAGAACUUGUAGAAUCCCACCAGGACUUUGCUAACAGUGAUGUUUGGAGAUAACAAACAAAAUGCUCUGAAAAAUAUUGGCUACCAAAAUAGUUCUGUCAGCACUGUGUUUGCAUGGACCCCACAUCCCCAGGUUGGAUUUUUGUUUUUUGUUUUUGUUUUUUUUGGGAUUUUUCAUGUCACAUCCAUAUCUGUAUUUAUAUCUCAUUUGUUUCACUUUCAAGUGUAUCAUGGCAAAUGUACAGACUUUUUUUGUUAAUAAUGUGCUAGGAUUUGCUAAAAAAGAAAACACAAAAAAAGUCCUUUUGAGUUUGCCCUAGAAUAAAUGAAACAAUUCAUCUUCUUGCA